AGUGUUUUUUCCUAUUGUUGCAGCAUAAUGUCAGGUCGUGGAAAACAAGGCGGCAAAGCUCGAGCCAAGGCCAAGACUCGGUCUUCUCGAGCUGGUCUGCAGUUUCCUGUGGGCCGUGUGCACCGUCUGCUCCGCAAAGGUAACUAUUCCGAGAGAGUGGGAGCUGGCGCCCCUGUGUAUCUAGCAGCGGUGUUGGAGUAUUUGACCGCUGAGAUCCUGGAGCUGGCGGGAAACGCGGCCCGUGACAACAAGAAGACACGUAUCAUCCCACGCCACCUACAGCUGGCUAUCCGUAAUGAUGAGGAGCUAAACAAGCUUCUGGGCCGUGUGACCAUCGCACAGGGUGGUGUCUUGCCUAAUAUUCAGGCUGUACUGCUGCCCAAGAAGACUGAGAGCCAUCAUAAGGCUAAGGGAAAGUAAAGCAUUGGAUCUGCAUUGGCCUUUUUCGUUCCUGUAGAGCAAGAAAAAUCAACCGAACAACAAAGGCUCUUUUCAGAGCCACCCACCAUUUCCGUUAAAUGAGCUGCCAUGUUUGGGAUUAUGAUUCAUGUGUAA